GGCUCGAGUCUGCCUUAUUUUCCCUCCACGCUACCCCAUGGGCAGCGGGGCACGUGAGGCCGCGCCGAUCACGUCGGCGCGCGGGCGUCUUAGAGGCGAUGGAAGAUGAGCAAGAGGAGGAGCCUCCCUAUGAGGAUCCUGGCCAGCAGGUAGCCACUGCGGGCAACUCCUUUGUCCAUGCGUUGGCCGACGUUCUGACACACCUGUCCUCGCUGAGACCACCCGCGACAGGGCAGCGUGUCACGAAGUUCCACUCCGUGCGGCCUCCGCUGUUGCCAAUUCGCGAUUAUCUCUUCAGGAUCGCCAAGUAUUUUCAGUGCAGCCGAGAAUGCUUUGUGCUGUGCCUGGUGUACAUUGACAGAAUCGUGAAGCUGCACCCAGACUUCACGAUUUGCAGCCUGAAUAUCCACAGGCUGCUGGUGACCAGCGUGAUGCUGGCGGUGAAAUUCUUCGAUGAUGUAUAUUACAGCAAUGCCUACUAUGCAAAGGUUGGAGGUGUUCGAACGAAAGAAGUCAACGCGCUUGAGAGUCACUUUCUCCAGCUCAUCGAGUGGAAGCUCCACGUGACUCCCGAGGAGUUCGACCAGUACAGGAGCCACGUUUGCACCGUGGGCGCCGCGUCAAGGAUGAAUGCAGAAGAGACCGUGGGAUAAGCGCAGACCGCCUCGGGGCCGGUUUAGCUGAGAGAGUGGAUCGGCCGCGAUGGCAUUUUCGGCGCGAGAAAUCAAGUGCAUCACAUAUGAUGCGCAAGGCGAUGAUUGUACGCAGAAUGUUGCGUCCAUUGAACCCGUGGUAUGAAACCCC